CGUGAAUGACUUCCACGAUAAUACAAGUAUUGAUGCGCACACAUUGAUUAUAUUUCUAUUGGGAACUAAGUGGUUUAGUUUGUACAAGUGUUUGUGUUGGGUUCAGUGUUAAAAAAAUGACGGAUUCUACAGUUGUGUUUGUAAAUUCCGGACAGCCGCCCCCUCCAUAUAUUGCUCAGCCCGUGGCGCCUCCCGUCGCAGUGGUAAUGACUGGGCCAGUGGGCUCAGAGCCUAUAAUCAUGGCCUGCCCCUCGUGCCGUCACCAGAUCGCAACGAGAGUUGAAAGAGCAGCAUCAUCAAAAACUCAUAUCAUAGCUUGCUUAUUGUGUUUAUUUGUAUGCUGGCCAUGCGUUUGUGUACCAUACUGUGUGGAUUCGUGCAACAAUGCCAAUCAUUACUGCCCUAACUGUAACGCGUAUAUAGGCAGUUAUAAUUUUUAAUUACCUACAUGAAUGACUGUAAAAUCCACAUUCAAUUAUUUUAUUCAGUUACAUGAUGUAUUUUUUUUUUAAUUAUCAUUUGAAAUUUUGACAAUGAUUUAUUAUAUUUAUAUUACGGUUUAUUUUCUUUUGUUUUAAUAAUGUAAAUGAUAAUUUUAAUUAUCAUAAUAUUUAUACAGUAAUAGUAUUAUUAUGACAUGCUCAGUAACCUUAAAUAACUUAAAAUUUUGUAAAUUAAUAUAUCCCUUGUAUAAUUUUGUAAUAAUGUUUGAUAUAUUCUUGUUAUCCCAUGUGGUCUCGGCAUAGAAUAGGCCACCCCUUUCUUUCCCUUUGUCGUAAGAAGCGACUAAGUGAGGACGAGAGAUGGGCAGCAGCGUCCCUCUUAAAUCAUCUCCAAAGCUUAACUGCGGUUGUCUAUCUGCCUGCCAAGCGUGGCAACUAUUGUCAAAACUCCCCUAAAGGGAGUUUUAUGUUCAGUAGUGGACAGUUAAAAGCUGAUACACAAUUUUUCCAAAAAUUACAAUAAUGUCUUGUAAUGUAUCUGAAUACACAAAUUUUAUAGUAUGAUGAGGUAUUCUAAGAAUUAUAUGUCAAUACAUAUAUGUAUGUCAUAAUUUGAUUAGACAAGUGAUGUGAUAUUAUUUAAAAUAUCUUUACUCAGUUCUAUUGUUACUGUAAAUGUUUUUUUUUUUAUUAAUAUUUAUAAAAGCGACUAGUUUCUCAUGUUAUUAUGUAUAUAUUGCCUGAAUAAAAUAUUUUGUAAUAAAAAACAAUGGAAUACGGUAUAAGAAUUUUAAGUAAUAUCAAUUAAACUAUUUAAUAAUAAUGAAAUAAUGAUAAUGAAUAAUGAUAAUAAUGAUAAUGAAUACAGAUAAAGAAUAGUUGCAAGACUGUCAAGUUAUGGAUUAGAGUUAUAGCUGGUUUAAUAGUUAAAUUUAUUAAAAAAAAAAUUUCAUACUAAUAGAAUGUGUUGAUAUAAGUAUAUAAAUAAAAUACUUAAGUUUGUUAUUAGAAUAAUUACCUAAUGAGAUUUUAUAUGUUUUAUAAAAUUUUAUUGUUGUUUUUUUUAUUACUAUAUACAAUUAUCUACUAUAUAAUUAUAUAUGUUGGCAGCAGGAUUCCGUUUACUCCCGUAUUUUUAGAGGAAUCUUUGCAGAUCUAAGUUAUAGAGUCUCCUACUAGGAGAUCCUAUGCAAAAUUUAAUACAUGUCAAUCUUCUUGGAGUGUUGUCUAUAAGUUUGUGCUGAUAGAGGCUAUGUAUAUGUUGAUGAUUGAUAAGUUAAUCACAUCAGUAAUAUUAUUUAUUAUUUUUUUAUACAUUAAACUUUUUUGGGAUUA